CGGCAGUCAACAGUGAAUAUUCGUGUUUUGGAGUUUUUAGCAAUGCUGCAUUAUUAAGAACUCUUCAUUUCUCGAAACCGUUUCAAUUCCCUAUUAAUUCGUGUUAGUUUUACGCCUUCGAUUUAAAGUUCUCCACAAUAGUACUAAGUUUACAUUCGACAUUCAGUUUUCUGUGAAUUUUUUAAGUUAUUUGCAAUUACGUUAAUUUGCAAGAUGAGUAAAGCUUUAAAUGAAGUGUGUGAAAUGUUGGAUACCUAUACGGGUCGGGACAAGAUUGUAAGGACAUUAUGUUAUACAACGAAGCUAGCUGCAGGGAUGUAUGUCAGCAACGAUCCCGAUUUGUCCAAAAAGCUAGCCAUAUUCAGCUCUAAAAUGUCGCAAACACGAGCGACAUUGCGAUUAUUGGACGAUCUCCCUAUGAUUAGCUAUUCGUUGAAUUAUGGAACUGGUAGCAAGGAAGCAGACCGAAUCAUGGGCCUUAUAGGAUUUAUUACGAACAUUAUCGAUCACGUGUAUUAUCCUGUGGAUAAAAUUUGCUGGAUGAUUGAACACAAACUUCUUAACGUGAAAAAUCCUACCAAGUGGGACACUAUGAACUCGAUACUCUGGGUUGCCUCCAUCUACCUUAAUUUGAUGAAAACACUUCGAAGUUAUACUGUUAUGGAGCAGCAUAAAUCACACAUAGACAAAUCAGAGAAUGAGACCAGUCAAUCUUACAAAAUGUUGAUGAUGAAACAACGGAUGGAACUUAUUUCAAUUGUCAGACUAUCGUUGGAUUUAGUACAUGCCGGUAGCACCCUACCAAGCGGAAUGCUUUGGGGAGGUAAGUUCGAAUCGUGGCAGGUCGGUCUCAUAGGUACUAUUUCGUCUUUUAUCGGUUUAUAUCAAUACUUUGCCAAAAAAAGAAUUAUCAGUAAAAGCUCCUAGGCAAAAGCUGUGGAAAUGGAAAGACUUAACUUGUAAACUACUAACAAACAAGAAAAUGGUGUAGAUAGAAGUUGCAAUAACUGGAUUUCUGACGUAUGAUAGGCGAUCUAAAAUAGGAAUGUACCGAUUGUGUCAUUCAAUUUACCAUGCCUCUUAUUCGAUUUGGUAACUGGUAAGUUGGGUGGUACAUCGGAAAUAGAAUAACCGAUUUGUAGGUACAAAGCAAUAAGCGACUAGAAGCCGUGUUUUAUGCCUUCUCUCAGCUGAUCUGAUCAACUGAAACCGAUACAGGUUAUAAGAGAGCAUAGUUUAUUACGAAGAACAGUGUCGAUGGUUUCAAAAAUCAGUUUUAUUUUUAUUUUUUAUUACUAAGAUGAUUACAAAAAUGUACGAAAAAGUGAGUUUGCAGAAUUCGUCUGCCAAACAUUAAAAUCUGGGAAUAUCUUUUCUCCUUUCCGAGGAUUCAGACACCUAUUCUCACCAAUGAUUUUUUUCUAAAAUUGGUAUACAAGAAUCAAGAUUCAAACUCAAAUUUUCUAACCCACAAGAUUUUUUUUUUAAAUGCAUAAAACAUAUCGGCAUCGAUAAUGCGGAAAUUGUUGCAUGGAGGGUAGCCAGAACAAUGCAAUGUGGCAGAAGUAUGUUUAUGCAACUUGCAUUGAAAUAACAGUUUUUGUGAAAUUGUUAAUGUGGUACCUCUUUGAUAUGGCUAGCGAUGUUCGUUCAUUCUGGUGUGAUGAAAUCACAGUUGUGUUAUUUAUCUAUGUAGUUAGCAUUUAGAGUAAUUAACAAUUUGUAAUUUGCAUCCUUCACAAAUAUGAAAUAUCACAUUGACCGUGUAUGAGAGUCAGCCGAUCUACACCGAUAAAAACACGACGUUACCAGAAGAAUUGACAAGAUUCCAAUGUGCAAAUACUGAUAAUUUUGUUUCGUAUACCAAUCAUUCGGGUAUCAAAAGUUUUUCCCUUCGAUUAAAUGUGAAAUGAAAUAUUUCACGUGGUUUUCACAAGGAGUUGAUGUGAAUAUCAGAUCAUCUCAAAAUGUUUUAUUUGGUUGGAAAAUCUGUGUGAUUUCCAGUUUGAUCGAGCGUAUGGAUUUUUUCGGUGAAUAUAUAAAAUAAAAAAUUGUAUUAAUGUACAAAAAAAUCAGCACGUCAAGUUUACGUGAAAACAUAGGUAAUUCUCAUCUAUCACACUUUUCAUGUAACAUUUAUGUGAAUUAUUAGUAACUCGCACUCAUACUAACCCGUUUACGUGCGAUCCCGGUAAAUUUGAUCAACUUUCCGAUUAACUACUACAUGAAGUAAGUUGCUGUACAGAAGUUCACAUGAUCUUUCACGUGAAUUGGACAUGUCGAUUAUUUAGAGUGUAGCCCACGUGUGGACAAAAUUUUUAAAGGCAAUAUAAAAAAUCGCAUGUCACUAAUUGAGCUUGCGUGCAUCGCCUCGUGUCUAACUAAAAGCAAAUCGCAAGUGCCUAACCUAAUUUUCUAUAAUUUCGGUGAAAACACUUUUUUGAUGUGAUAACUUAGAUCCACAGAGAACAGAGAUCCCAAGCAGCACACUUUUGGCACUUUCUGUUGAAGAAACUUAUUUACGACUGUGCUAGUAGGGAUAACCGGGAGUAAAAGGCCUAAAAGUCUCACUGCAUGCCCUAUCAGUAGCUUGCUUUUGUUUACAGAGAAGGCUUUUGCAUUUUACAUAGCUAUUGUUUUACACAAUAUAUUUUUCAAACUGUUUUUAUGUUUGUUGGCCGAAAAACGCAGAAUUAGUCUCUAGAGCAUAGUCUCAUGCACCUCUAAAUGCUAGCGACUUAGCUCAAAUGUAUAUAUGUAAUAUGUGCGUAAAUAUUUUUUGAACAAUUUACUGUUUGCUGUGUAGCUCAAUUUAAAGGGGAAAACUUAAUCUAUCUUUUAUACCAUGCAUAGAUUAGUACGAUCGAUAAAAACCAAAAUUCUCUCCUUGAGUGAACGAGUCGGAACGUAAAAGCUUCAAUUUUCCAAUAUUUUGGUGCCGCAAGCUAUCAUCAUUAAAAACUCGCUUCGCUUUCUAAGCUUAUUUAACGGGAAAUUAGCAGUCAUUAACUUUUUGUUAGAAAGUCCAAUUUCGGAAGCAGUUUUUGGCUCAAAACAUUUAAAAAUGUAUUCACUACAUUCAGCUUGCCAAUCUGAACACAGAGAAUAUAUUUUCAUGAAGAAACUUUUUGUUUGAAACAAAAAAAAAAUUUGCUUUUGAAAUUCACAAAAUCAAUGAUGACUUAUUUCACCUUAAAUUAACCAAUAUCGCUUUAUUAAAAAGGAAAAAAGGAAAAAGAUAUGACAGUCUUUCAGUAAAUAUGUCUUAGCGAAGAUCAUUUUAUCGCCGUUUGACAAACAUUUAUGAAAUAAACGGGUACAAACAGGUAUGAAACGAUUCAUUCUGAUUCUGAUUCAUUCGAGCCUGCAACUAAUACCUAUUUGCAAAAUUUCUGCGAAACUAAGAAUCGUCAGUCCUAUAUAUCCUGAUUAGAACGGGAAAAAUCCCGGCAAUUUUUUAGUACAUUCACAAUUUAAUUUUCAAGAAAUCCUUUUAAAUCUGUCAGCAAAGCUGAAAUUUUAUUUAUUUCGAAGUACAUCAAAAUUACGGGCGACCGAAAAAAAUACGAUGUAAGAACAGAUUCCAUAGCAAUACUAGGGCAUGUGUUAAAUACAUAUAGGUUGACAGUUCCUUACGUGAUUUCAUCCAAAUGCAAGCAGCAUUCUAAAUCUCUUUUAAAUCCGUCAACGCUUGUGUUAAAAAAUAUCUACUGGCUUGUUUAAUUCAAAUAUAAUUUAAAGUUUGAAGUUAUUUUUGUAAAAAAAUCGGUUAUACUAUUGAAGUGUUAGAAGAAACUAUAGAGUACAACGGUCUACACAUAGAAAAAACAACGUCAUUGCUUUGUUUUUAACCCAAGCUUAACAUCAGAUAAAGAGAAGAGAUAACUUUAAAUACAUUGUAAUAUUAUUUUUCGUACAAUCAAAGUUUGUACAUAUUAAAAGUAAUUGCUAAUAUUAAAAGUAUCAAAUUUAGGUUGUGAAACAUUCUCUAUGUCUGGAGUAUGGGUUAGUUUCGGUAAUGUCUGUAUUAAAAAAAUGUUAAUAAAUUACAA